UAUAUUCGUGAGAGUCUCGUCGGUAAGUUAAGAUGGCGAUCAUCUAGUGGAGUAUGUUGACAAUGCUCGUUGUGCUCACGUGUUGUCCAAUUGUUAAUCGUUGACAAUGUUUUCUCGAUUUUGCAAAUUAUGUCCCCAAACUACAAACGUUCAAUUCGUAAAAUUACAAAGGUGCUAUAGAAAAGGUUCCAAUAAUAAAAGGAGAAGCAAUGUGACUAAUAUUAGCUCAUCAGAAAAGGUGGAAAACGGGAUACCUGUAAUCGUUUGUAAGCGUAAAGAAUUGAAUUUUUAUAAUGGGCAAAAGUAUUCCAAGUUUGAACCUAUACCACUGGCUACCAAAGGAUGGAAUCAUUAUAAGUCUAAAGGAGAUUUCUUCUUCAUACAUCCUCUUGUAACUGUAGAGCAAGAAGCAUAUGAGAAGUCAAAUGAAGUAAAUUCUUUUGAACAUUUUUAUCUAGACCCACGACUGAUAAAUGUCUUAAAGAAAUAUGGCAUUACAAAGCCUCUGAAGAUACAAAUAGAUGGAAUACCCAAAGUAAUGAGUGGUGCCAAUACUGUUAUAACAGCUGAGACUGGUUGUGGAAAAACAUUUACUUACUUACUGCCUAUGAUCCAUAAAAUUCUAAUGUGGAAAACAUUGACAAAAACAUCAUACAAUACUCCAUUGGGAUUGAUUAUAACACCCACUCGAGAAUUAGCGUUUCAAAUUGGGUUAGAAGCACAAAAGAUAUGUCAACAUCUGAACAUCAGUACAAAGACCAUUACUGGUGGAAAAACAAAAAAGAUAAUGUUAGAUCCUCCUUUAAGCAAUGUUGACAUUAUUGUAGCUAGUUUUGGAGUUAUCAGUAAAUUAACAACAAAUUUUAUAUACAAAUUAGACAUGGUCAGGCAUAUUGUAUUGGAUGAAGCAGAUGCUCUAUUUGAUGAAACAUUUGAAGAAAAGUUGCAAGUAUUCUUGAAAAGAGUGCCACUCGGUUUUGCACAAAAUCCGGAUGAGACUAAAUUUCCGAGCGCUGCCCAAUUCACGCUAACAUCUGCAACUAUGCCUUCCAGGUUGCAAGAAGUAUUGCAGAAUAUUGUAAACAUGGAUUCACUGGUGCAGGUGAGUUCGGACAAACUGCAUCAUGUUCUUGUGUCACAAAAAUUCAUGAGAGUGGGGUCGAGCAACAAACCAGUGGAACUCCUGAAAUAUAUUAAACCAAAGGUAGCAAACAAGGAGCCGGUAAUUGUAUUCAGCAAUAGUAACAACACAUGCGGUUGGGUCAAUAUGUUCCUGAAGAGAAGUAACAUAAAUACGGUUCACCUGAGCGGUACCAUGCCGAUGUACACAAGAAAUGGCAUGUACGCUGACUUUAAGAGUGGCAGGUGCAACGUGUUGUGCACCACAAACGCGGGCUCGCGAGGUUUAGACACAGUGGCGGUGAAACACGUGUUAAAUUUUGAGUUUCCAUUUGAUACCGCCGACUACAUACACAGAUGCGGUAGAACCGGACGAGUCGGUAGCGUUAAAGAUUGCAGAGUGACCAAUUUCAUUAGCACCCCGGCUGAAAUCACUUUGGUGCGCAGGAUAGAGAAGGCAACGCGGAAAAUGAAACCAAUACCGAUCUGCAAUAUCUACGAAACGCAGGAGGACAACACUUACGAAGAGCCGCUCGACUUGAACGUUGACGCGAAUGAGACAGCCGAGCAGGAAUUCAGUAUACCGUACUGAGAGAUGUAUCACGCAUUAAAGUAUUACGUAAAUAAAAUUUC